AUGAAUCAAUCACGGCAUAUUGACAAGUUAGUUGAAAAACAAACAUCACAAGAAACAGAGAACAAUCGGUUGCGGCUCAAAACCUCGGUAGAUAGUGUUCAAUGGCUAGCAUUCCAAGCACGUGCCUUUAGAGGUCAUGAUGAAAGGUCUGACUCAAAAAAUCAAGGUAACUUCAUUGAAUUGAUAAAGCUCCUAGCAACUUAUAAUGAUGAUGUUUCUGGACUUGUCUUGGAAAAUGCUCCAAAAAAUGCGAAAUAUACAUCACCCAAAAUUCAAAAGGAAAUUCUGCAUAUCAUUGCAAAUAAAGUGCGGGAUGUGAUUCGAAAAGAAAUUGGGGAUGCCAAAUUUUGCAUUCUCAUUGAUGAAGCUUGGGAUGAGUCAAAAAGGGAGCAAAUGGCUAUUAUUUUGAGGUUUGUUGAUAAAGAUGGUUUUAUAAGAGAGCGAUUCUUUCAUGUCGUGCAUUUUAAUGAUACUACUGCAUUAACUUUGAAAAAGAAUAUAUGUGCUGUUCUUUCUCGUUACAACCUUCAAAUUGAGAAUAUUCGAGCUUUAGUUGCAGCAUCUAGAGAAGCCAAGCAUAUUCAUCAAUUCUUUAUUCAGUUGGCUUCUAUUAUCAAUAUUGUUGGUGGUUCUUCUAAACGUCAUGAUGAAUUACAAUCUGCUCAAGCUGCUGAAAUUGAAAGUUUGAUUAUUUCUAAUAAAAUUGAGACUGGAAAGGGUGCAAACCAAAUUGGUAAUUUGCAACGACCUAGAGAUACUCGAUGGUCAUCUCAUUAUCAAUCUAUUUACAGCUUGAUAAGUAUGUUUGGUGCAACUUGUUCAGUUAUCAACAAUAUCUCCAAGGAGGGAGCUAAUUAUUCUCAACGUGGAGAUGCUGAAGCGGCUUACAUGGUAUUGACAUCAUUUGAAUUUGUUUUCAUAUUUCAUUUGAUGAAUGAUAUUAUGGGACUCACUAAUAUGUUGUGUCAAACUUUGCAACAAAAAUCUAUAGACAUUUUAAAUGCCGUGAGUCAAGUUUCAACUACACAAUUACUCAUUCAACAGAGGAGAGAAGAUGGAUGGGAGCCUUUGCUUGCUACUGUUAAAUCAUUUUGUGAAGAAAAUGAUAUUGAUAGUUCUGAUAUGAAUGCUCAUUACAGUAGAGCUCGAGGUCGAUCUCGUCGUCAAGAUGAAGAGUCUUUGACAACAGUUGAGCAUCAUUUUAGAGUUGAUAUAUUUACUGCUGCAAUAGACUUUCAAUUACAAGAAUUGAAAAAUAGAUUUGGUGAGCAGGCUGUAGAACUCCUCACUCUUAGCGUUGCUUUAAGUCCGAAAGAUGCAUACAAAUCAUUUAAGAUUGAUGAUAUAUGCAAAUUAGCUGAGAAGUUUUAUCCUAAAGAUUCAACAAGCAAGAAAGAUUCUGUUUGA